GAUGUUUUUUCACAUCUCUAAUCAAAUACCAUCACGUAGAAAUACAGCAAAAUUCUGUUGGUAAACAUAAGCAAAAUUAAGGCUGGUAAUUAAUGCGACAGCAUGCAACCAGUGGAUUGCCAUUUUGCAAGCAUAGUGAACCUGCCCGAAACGCUGCUGAAUGGAUUUGGGGCCGAUUCGCAUAGAUAAGCGAGUAACAAGCACCUACAACUGCUGUUGAGUCAUCAUAUUUUAGCCAAAUAAGCCAAAAAACAAGGCUAACAGCCGUUGGAAUCACCCAACUUGCUGCCCAGGUAGUGAUAGAGCCCCAGUUGAGCCACAGGUGAGAGGCGUUGUCUUCGCUGGGGAUGGCGUAAGCUGAUCCAACGAACCACCACCAGCCAUCAAAGUAUAAUCAGCACACACACACUUGCCCACACCCAGCCACUCAAAUACCCCAAAAACCAACCCAUUUUGGCCACAGCCCCAAUGGAGGACUACAAGUUCCUGUUCAAAAUCGUCCUCGUGGGCAAUGCUGGUGUUGGAAAAACCUGCCUAGUGCGCCGCUUUACUCAGGGCCUGUUUCCACCUGGCCAGGGUGCUACCAUUGGCGUGGACUUCAUGAUUAAGACGGUGGAGGUGGAGGGCGAGAAGAUCAAGCUACAAAUCUGGGACACCGCCGGCCAGGAGCGGUUCCGAUCCAUUACGCAAAGCUACUAUCGAUCGGCUCACGCCUUGAUCCUGGUGUACGACAUCAGCUGCCAGCCCACAUUCGACUGCCUACCAGACUGGCUGCGCGAGAUCCAGGAAUACGCCAACUCCAAGGUACUCAAAAUUCUGGUGGGUAACAAGACGGACAGGGAUGAUCGAGAGAUACCCACCCAGAUUGGCGAAGAGUUCGCCAAACAGCAUGAUAUGUACUUCUUGGAGACGUCCGCCAAGGAGGCGGAGAAUGUCGAGCGGCUGUUCUAUGAAAUUGCUGCCGAAUUGAUUGGACAGGCUAGAAGCAAGGAUGGCAGUAGUUCGGCUGCCGCGGCGGCCGCCCAACGCCAGUCGGAAGGCAGCUCCAUCGGCCUGGGGAGCUUCAGUGCCAAGGCAGCGCAGAGCAAUUGCUGUGGCGGACUCGCCAGCGGCGGCUCCAACUCUAGUCAAGCGGGCUGAGCUGGAAACUGAGCAGCUAAUCUAUAACUAGUUAGGGGCUAAUCGUGAUAUUCCAUUUAUCUUUUAUUACCAUAAUGCUCCCGCAUUCUAACACAUACAUUUGUUAUACGACUCGGUUACUCAUAUAUUUUGUUUUUAUGAGCAUGA